AAAGGGCUCUAGAGUUGGCACAUUUCAAGUCCCACACCCGUCAAGACGCUGCGAUUCUCUCACUGCUGCUCACUUUCGUUUGUCCUUUUAGUUCUCUCUCUUUUCUCUCUCGCUCUCUCGGUGUUAAUAACAACAAACUGUCUUUCUUUUCUUGAUCUAUCUGUGUUUGGGUUUGAACAUAUAUUUGAUAUAAUAAUGGGUGAAGCAGUUGAGAUCUUCUAUUCUAAUGGUUUCUGCAAAAUUCAAGAAGGAUCCGAUCAUCAACCAUUCAAUGGGCAUCAUCAUCAUCAUCAUCAUCAUCAUCAAAACGGUUCCUGGUUUGAAGAAGAGAUCGAUGUUGAUCUUAAAUGGUCCUUCGCUAUAAACAGUGUGCUUCAUAAAGGGACAAGCGAGUACCAGGACAUAGUUCUUCUGGACACAAAGCGCUUCGGGAAGGUGCUGGUGAUUGAUGGGAAGAUGCAGAGUGCAGAAGUGGACGAGUUUAUAUACCAUGAAUGCUUAAUUCAUCCUGCUCUCUUAUGUCACCCUAUUCCAAAAAAAGUGUUCAUAAUGGGAGGGGGUGAAGGUUCUGCUGCAAGGGAGGCACUCAAGCAUAGAGCGGUUGAGAAAGUAGUCAUGUGUGAUAUCGAUCAGGAGGUGGUGGAUUUCUGCCGUAGAUAUCUGACGGCAAACAAGCAGGCGUUCGGAAACAAGAAGCUUAACUUAGUGAUUAAUGAUGCCAAGGCGGAACUGGAGGAGAGGAAGGAGAAAUACGACAUAAUAGUGGGAGACUUAGCAGAUCCAGUGGAAGGAGGGCCUUGCUAUCAACUAUACACCAAGUCCUUUUACGACCAAAUCCUCAAGCCUAAGCUCAAUCACAAUGGCAUCUUUGUUACUCAGGCAGGGCCUGCAGGAGUUUUCACCCACAAGGAGGUCUUCUCCUCUAUAUACAACACUAUUAAACAGGUCUUCAAGUAUGUGCUUGCAUACACAGCUCAUGUGCCAUCUUUUGCAGAUACGUGGGGAUGGGUAAUGGCGUCAGACCAACCUUUCUGUAUUGAUGCUGGGGAAAUAGACAAGAAGAUUGAGGAAAGGAUAGUUGGGGAAUUGCUAUAUCUAAAUGGUGCCUCCCUCCUCUCCUCGUCCAUCCUCAACAAAACUGUUUCCAAAACGCUGAAGAAUGAAACUCAUGUUUACACGGAAGAAGAUGCAAGAUUCAUCCAUGGACAUGGGGUAGCCCACCGCAUUUGAGGCCUCAGGCCUUGGUUGAGGGGGAAUUGCUGUACAGAAAAAGAGUGUUCGCAAACAAGAAAUAUGCAAGAAAAUCAUGGUCAAGAGUUCUAGCAGGAAACAAAAUUCUGAACAAUUGUUAGAAGCUUUCGGUUUUAGACAGUAUAUAUAUAUAUAUAUAUAUAUUAGGCUUCUUGUGAUUGUUAUAGGGCCCUCAACCUACAUUGUUACUACUUAAGAAGCAUUCCUCCAUUAUCAUAUCAAUCGUGGGCGUGGGAUUUGUCACAUUUUUCUUUUUCCCUGUGUAAUUCUUGUCUGUUUGAUCUACUAGGAAAGAUUCCAUUUGUCCCA